AAAUACUUCAGAAAUCAGCUGUUAAACCAGUCACAUUUUCUGAUGAAGAACAGGCUCCAAAAGCUCUAAAUAAAGAAUCAAACUCUGUUGAAACAUCCCUUGCCAAAUAUGCUCCAACAGCAGCACAGCCAACAAGUCAAGAAUCAGGAGGUUUCCUCAGCUUUAGUAGUCCUAAAACUCAGCGUGCUGCCUCAAAAACAACUGAAGCUGUGACUGGGAAGAUGUCGGGAUUUGGUUCAUCCCUCUUCAGCUCAGCAUCUGCAGUAAAGGAAGAGUCCCGCACAACACCACAAAGUUUGCGUAAAAUGUCUGCCCCAGCGCAAGUCUCUGGCAAGAUGGAAACAUCCCAGAUUUCUCCAAAGGCCAGCCCCCCAGUUUCUCCAAGGAUAACUUCAGCAAAGGAGGCCAAACUGCCUGCUCCUCAAGAACCACAUCCGGAUAAGAUAACAGAACAACCUCAGCAGACCAAGGCUCCCCAAUCGGUACAGGCCAAAAUUGACAAAGGUCCAUCAGAGCCUUCAAAACAAGAAGCCCCCCAAGUUGCUCCCAAAGUGGGUCAGUCGACUUGUCUACUCUGUAAGGCCGAACUUAAUACGGGCUCCACAGAUCUUCCCAACUACAACACCUGCUCCGAAUGCAAAACCACUGUCUGCAACAAAUGUGGAUUUAAUCGUACGCCAAAUGCAGCAAAGGUGAAAGAAUGGCUUUGUCUAAACUGCCAGAUGCAGAGAGCACUUGGAGCUUCUGAACCUCUAGGCCUUCCCAUGAUAAAACCCAAACCUUCACCAAGCAAAGAGGUUCCUGCCACCACACAAAAGAAAGAUACCCCAUUGUCCACUUCUGAGGAGGGCAUCCAUAAACCAGCUGCACCCAAAAUUGAGCUUGUUGAUAUUACAAUAACCAAGGAAACGGAAUAUUCAGCUCUUGGUGCACCAACAAAGAAAGUUACCCCUGUAGGUGCUUCAUUGCCUGACAAAAGAGUUCCGUCCUCUACCACAGAGGCUGCUGUUUCACCAGCUUCACAAAAGCCUUCUGAAGACACACACAUAAGACAAUCUAGUACACCCAAGCAACAGUCUCCCAACGCUGUAACAUCUGCUCCUCCACCAGAUCCAGAGGCAGAAAAGCCAUUCCCACAACAGCCCCCAAAACCUGUGACUUAUAUUGCCAAGUCUGCUCCUCAUCCAGAUCCAGAAGUAGAAAAGCCCCACCCACAACAGCCUCCAAAAGCUUUGACUUCUACUCCUCCAGCCGAUCCAAAGGCAGAAAAGCUGUCCCCACAAGAGCCUCCAAAAGCUGGGACAUCUAUUGCAAAGUCUGCUCCUCCUCCAGAUCCAGAGGCACAAAAGUCCCAACAGCAACAGUUUCCACAAGCUGUGAAUUAUGCUCCACAAGAACCAGACACAGAAAGGUUACCUCCACAACAACCUCCAAAAGCAGUGACUUUUAUUGCAAAAACUGCUCCAACAACAGAUCCAGAAGUGGGAAAGCCACCUCCACAGCAGCAUGCUAAAGUUGGUGCCAAAUCUGAACCUCCACCAGCUCAGUCUGCAAAACAGGAAUCGGGUAGCUUAUUUAGUUUUGGUGGUCCUAAAACACAACCUACAGCAGCAAAGCCUACUGAGUCAGUGUCUGGGAAGAUGUUUGGCUUUGGGUCUUCUUUCCUAAGCUCUGCAUCCACUUUGAUAACCUCAGCUGGCCAGGAUGACCCUAAGACAACACCACCAACUCCACGUAAGAUGUCUACUACAGCCAAUGGCUCACCUAGAACGACACCACUAGCCUCCCCUAAAAUGUUACCUGCAAAGGACAACAAGGCCCCCGCUGUCCAGGAAACUGCAGAGAAAAAACUAGAGAAGCCACAGAAGGGAAAGACUCCCUCAACAGUACAAGCCAACGUGGACAAAGCUCUACAAGAGCGCCAAGGUGCUCCAAAAGCAGUUUCAACCAUCUGUCCACUGUGUCAGGUCAACCUCAACAUGGGUUCCAAAGAUCCUCCCAACUACAACACUUGCACAGCAUGCAAGACUACUGUCUGUAACCAAUGUGGAUUUAAUACAAUGGCGAUUGUGGCAGAGGUGAAAGAAUGGCUGUGCCUGAACUGUCAGAUGCAAAGAGCUGUCGAAGCAUCUGAGCCCACUGGAACUUCUGUCGUGAAACCACAGAUCCCCUCAUGCAAGGUUCCUGGUUCCGAACUAAAGGACAUACUGGAUGAGAAGUCUACAGAAUCUACGGUGGUCAAAAAAGAGGUGACUCAAGCAACUGCACAGAAAAAAGACAGCCCCAAAGCUGAGGCUCCAGUGCCGACUGCAGUCCAACAGACGGAGACAACACAACGAGAUUCUGUGGAGAAGAUGUGCAUCCUUGUGGGUACUGAACAAGGGCAAAGCCAAAUCCAGGAUGUGGCUGGCCAGCAACAGCCUGAUGGAAAAUCUCACCAAGUACAGCAUUCUCAAACUCUAAAGCCAGAUGUUAAGACAGAUCUUGCUAAACAAGAAGUUGAAAAACCACCACAACAGCCCUCUAAAUCAGCAACCCCUCCUGCCAAAUCUGCACCUCCUCUAGUUCAGCCUGCUAAACAGGAGUCAGGAGGAUUCUUUGGCUCAGCAAUUCCUAAAACACAACCUGCUGCUGCAAAGCCUGCUGAGUCAGUGUCUGGGAAGAUGUUUGGCUUUGGGUCUUCUUUCCUAAGCUCUGCAUCUACUAUGAUAACCUCAGCUGUCCAGGAUGAACCUAGGACAACACCACCAACUCCACGUAAGAUGUCUACUACAGCCAAAGGCUCACCUAGAACUACACCGCUAGGCUCCCCUAAAAUAUUACCUGCAAAUGACAGCAAGCCCCCCGCUGUCAAGGAAACUGAAGAGAAGAAACUACAGAAACCACAACAGGAAAAGACUCCCUCAACAGUAGAAGCCAAAGUGGACAAAGCUCUAUCAGAGCCCCCUAAGACACACACAGACAUCCAAGGUGCUCCAAAAGCAGUUUCAACCAUCUGUCCACUUUGUCAGGUCAACCUCAACAUGGGUUCCAAAGAUCCUCCCAACUACAACACUUGCACAGCAUGCAAGACUACUGUCUGUAACCAAUGUGGAUUUAAUACAAUGGCAAUUGUGGCAGAGGUGAAAGAAUGGCUGUGCCUGAACUGUCAGAUGCAAAGAGCUGUCAAGCAUCUGAGCCCACUGGAACUUCUGUCAGAAGAAACUACAGAAACCACAACAGGAAAAGACUCCUCAACAGUAGAAGCCAAAGUGGACAAAGCUCUAUCAGAGCCCCCUAAGACACACACAGACAUCCAAGGUGCUCCAAAAGCAGUUUCAACCAUCUGUCCACUUUGUCAGGUCAACCUCAACAUGGGUUCCAAAGAUCCUCCCAACUACAACACUUGCACAGCAUGCAAGACUACUGUCUGUAACCAAUGUGGAUUUAAUACAAUGGCAAUUGUGGCAGAGGUGAAAGAAUGGCUGUGCCUGAACUGUCAGAUGCAAAGAGCUGUCGAAGCAUCUGAGCCCACUGGAACUUCUGUCGUGAAACCACAGAUCCCCUCAUGCAAGGUUCCUGGUUCCGAACUAAAGGACAUACUGGAUGAGAAGUCUACAGAAUCUACGGUGGUCAAAAAAGAGGUGACUCAAGCAACUGCACAGAAAAAAGACAGCCCCAAAGCUGAGGCUCCAGUGCCGACUGCAGUCCAACAGACGGAGACAACACAACGAGAUUCUGUGGAGAAGAUGUGCAUCCUUGUGGGUACUGAACAAGGGCAAAGCCAAAUCCAGGAUGUGGCUGGCCAGCAACAGCCUGAUGGAAAAUCUCACCAAGUACAGCUUUCUCAAACUCUAAAGCCAGAUGUUAAGACAGAUCUUGCUAAACAAGAAGUUGAAAAACCACCACAACAGCCCUCUAAAUCAGCAACCCCUCCUGCCAAAUCUGCACCUCCUCUAGUUCAGCCUGCUAAACAGGAGUCAGGAGGAUUCUUUGGCUCAGCAAUUCCUAAAACGCAACCUGCUGCUGCAAAGCCUGCUGAGUCAGUGUCUGGGAAGAUGUUUGGCUUUGGGUCUUCUUUCCUAAGCUCUGCAUCUACUAUGAUAACCUCAGCUGUCCAGGAUGAACCAAGGACAACACCACCAACUCCACGUAAGAUGUCUACUACAGCCAAAGGCUCACCUAGAACUACACCGCUAGGCUCCCCUAAAAUAUUACCUGCAAAUGACAGCAAGCCCCCCGCUGUCAAUGAAACUGAAGAGAAGAAACUACAGAAACCACAACAGGAAAAAACUCCCUCAACAGUAGAAGCCAAAGUGGACAAAGCUCUAUCAGAGCCCCCUAAGGCACAAACAGACAUCCAAGGUGCUCCAAAAGCAGUUUCAACCAUCUGUCCACUGUGUCAGGUCAACCUCAACAUGGGUUCCAAAGAUCCUCCCAACUACAACACUUGCACAGCAUGCAAGACUACUGUCUGUAACCAAUGUGGAUUUAAUACAAUGGCAAUUGUGGCAGAGGUGAAAGAAUGGCUUUGUCUGAACUGUCAGAUGCAAAGAGUGGUCGGAGCAUCUGACCCCACUGGAACUCCUGUCGUGAAACCACAGAUCCCCUCAUGCAAGGUUCCUGGUUCUGAACUGAAGGAUGUACUGCAGGAGAAGUCUACAGAAUCUACAGCAGUCAUAAAAGAGGUGAUUCAAGCAUCUCCACAGAAAAAAGACAGCCCCAAAGCUGAGGCUCCAGUGCAGAUUGCACAACGAGAUUCUGUGGAGAAGACGCAGGUCCUUGAGGGUACUGAACAAGGGAAAGGCCAAAUCCAGAAUGUGGCUGGCCAGCAGCAACCUGAUGGAAAAUCCCCACAAGUACAGCAUUCUCAAACUCUAAAGCCAGAAGUUAAGACAGAUCUUGAUAAACAAGAAGUUGGAAAACCACCACAACAGCCCUCUAAAUCAGCAACCCCUCCUGCUAAAUCUGCACCUCCUCCAAUUCAGCCUGCUAAACAGAAGUCAGGAGGAUUCUUUGGCUCAGCUAUUCCUAAAACGCAACCUGCUGCUGCAAAGCCUGCUGAGUCAGUGUCUGGGAAGAUGUUUGGCUUUGGGUCUUCUUUCCUAAUCUCUGCAUCUACUAUGAUAACCUCAGCUGUCCAGGAUGAACCUAAGACAACACCACCAACUCCACGUAAGAUGUCGACUACAUCCAGUGCCUUUCCUGAAGCUACACCUCCAGUUUCUAAGAGUCCUGCCGCAAAUGACUCAAAACCAGCUGCUGCAGGGAAAUCAGAGCCACAUCAACAGACCAAGCCUGCACCAUCAGCACAAUCCAAAGGAGAGAAAGCUCCACCACAGCCUACAAAAUCUACAGAAGUGACCCAAGUUGCUGCUAUAGCAGCUCUGACCAUUUGUCCAAUCUGUAAGGUUGACCUCAACAUUGGAUCCACAGAUCUUCCCAAUUACAAAACAUGCACUGCAUGCAAGGACACUGUCUGCAACCUUUGUGGAUUUAACCCCAUGCCCCCUACAGGAGCGGAAUGGCUGUGUCUGAACUGCCAGACUCCGAGGGCUUUGUCAGGACAGCUGGGAGACUCAGAAAAAAUACCCCAGCUUACCCCUGUAUCUGCCAAGCCAGGGACCCUGGCCACAAAAAAGGCAGUAACAACAGUUCCAACCCAAAAACCAAAGAUGGAAACUACAUCCAUCAAAAUGGAAAUCAUGGCUACAGCAGCUUCUGCACAAAUCAAGAUCCAACCCACACGCAUUCCCACAACAGCAAAGAUUUCACCUGUUACAGCAGAAAAACUGCCAUUGGCAGCAUCCACAGCAGAACUCAUGACACCCACUAUGGCUACUGUCCAACAGACAUCAGGAGCACCAAAGGUUGAUUUGCCAAACCCAGGCUUUCCCAACACUGUAACAGAGCAAAUUAGAGAGGAGUCAGUGAAAGUAGAGCUCAGUGAACCAGAAUAUCCCAAAGUUAAAGAGUCUAAACCUGACCUUCCAAAAGUCAAAGCUGAAGCAGGUGUUGCUUCAGCUUCCUCUUGCCCUGGGACUGAAGCUACAGUUGUACCUACUCCCCUUAUUGCUGCAGAGGUUGUCCCAGGGAAUGAAACUAAAACAGAAUUGUCUUUUCCAGAGAAGACUAUUCAGGAGGUACUGACUGAUGAUCAUAUCGAACUGACGGAGCCAACACAAUCUUUACCACAACCUGAGGUGCAACCAAAGACACAAGAACCACAGCUAGUGUUGGAAGUAGAACCAGUCAUAGGAGCAGACAGCAAGAAAUUGGCUGAUAAGUUGGUUGAAAAGAUUAUUGACAUCACCUUAACUCCAGAAACACAAAACGUAUCUACAAAGAACAUCAUUGUAAUAGAGCAAGAUGAAAGGAAUAAAGAACCAGCGAAAGAAAUAAAAGUCAACCUACCUUCUUGCCAGGGUACAUUUGAAAAGAAAGGUGUUCCUGCAACAGCUACAAAGCCUGAAUCCAAAGCAGAAGAGCAUGAUGAAGAUCAACCUCAGAUUUUACCCAUAUCACAAGAAUUUAAAGAUUGGCAGGUGGUUAGUGAUGAAAGUAAGCAUGAUAUACCAGUAAAUACAGAUCCAUCCACUCGAGUAAAGGAGGAAGUUAGAGUUGAGAGAAGGCGUCUAAGUUUCCAAGCAAUGGUUGAUAGCAGUGAAAGUGAGCUCACACCGUCACCUAAAGUCCAGAGGAGAAGACUGGAGGUCAGCAAUGUUUCAUCUAGCAGUGAAGACAUUAAAACUGAAAGUGCUGACUCCUCUAUGGAAGAUGAAGAAUUCAUACGCAAGCAAAUAAUGGGUAUGGGAGAUGAAGAAGAAAUGAAUCUUUCAGAAGAUGAAAGAGAAAAGUAUUUAGUUGAUGAGGAAGCUAUCAAAAAGGUUGAGCUUGCUAAUGCUUCAGUGACAGCCAAAUCACCAUCUAGAAAAAAUAGUAGAGAGAAUGAAGAAAGCCCAACCGUGAAAAACGCCCUCCCAAAACCGGACGCUGAAACUACUCAAGAUGUUCCUGAAAUAAUGCCCUUCAAAAAAAUCAAGAAAGCUAUUCCAGUCAUGAGACACAGACAAAGCACGGAUGAAGAAGUAGAGAGCAUCACAGAAUCCCUAUCAAAGGGAUCGUCCAGUGUUCAGGUGUCUAGUUUCACCCCAGGGUCUUCACCCACAUCAGCUUCAUCUCUGGAGGAGGACAGUGACAGCAGCCCCAGAAAGAAGAAAGUCAGUGGGGACAAGCAGCAUCGCAAAGGAAGACACAGGCAGACAACCCAGCCUCUCCCAACCAUUGAAGACUCAUCUGAAGAAGAGAACAUGAGGGGGGGAGAGAAGUCUAGAAAAGACAAAGAGGAACUUAGAACCCAUAUUGUGUCACAGUCUCCAACUGAAGAAGCUUCCUCCACAGAUAAUCUGAAGCAGAUGACUGUCAUGGAUGAAACCAGUAGAACAUCUGGCUCUGAGUACUCUGCCAGUAUAGAAUCAGAACCAGAAGCUUGGCGAGCUUUACAGAGAGGGCGUAAGCCUUCACCAACAGUGAUACCAUACAACACUUCUGAUCUGUUUGACGAGAAAGAUACUGUGACAAAAUCAUUGAAGAGUGCUGAAGAAGCAUAUGUGGAAAUUAUUCAGAAAACAAAAGCUAUUCCUGUGGUGAGUCCUCCUGAUAUUGAGCCACUAUAUGGAGGAAUGGCAAUAGAGGACUAUCUUUAUGAAACCUUAGUUGAGGAGCCUCAAAUAAAGAUGAGUGAAUCUCAAGAGGAGGAAGUAAAACAGGAUACAAGCUUUGAGUUUCUCAAAAAACGUAGGUCUCCAGAGGAGGUUUAUGAGGAGAUGAUGCAGAAAAAGAGAGAACUGAUGAUGAUAGAGGAAGAGUUUCAACAAGCCCAGACUGCCAUGGAAUCUUCCUCAUCAGGGACCUCUGUCACUGGGCCUCUUUUGAUUGCUGAGACCUGUGUGGUGACCAUACUCACAGAAGAGACAUCCCUCACUAAACACAUGGACAUGCUUCUUCCAGGCACUGAAACUUCUAGUGAAGUGCCAGUGAAGAAAAAGAAAAGACCAGCUCCACCACGCCCCACUGAACCCCCUAAGCGUUCUGAGGUAAAUGUUUUUCCAGGUACUCGUGGAUCUGGAAGUGGAUCUAUUGGUUUUGUUAGGCCUAUGGUUCCUCAAGACCCUGCACUCAGAAAGGCAUUGUUCCCCAUACCGGACCUCAAAAUUACUCUGUGUUCAUCUGGGGAGGAAGAGGAUGACAGUCUUGCAGAUGAGUAUGGUGUUGGUUUUUCCUCUGAUAUUACCCCUAGUGAUGACUCCGACACAAAAGAGGAUCCAUCCAUAAGCCCACCUUUGUCUGAAACCACUGAUAUUGAACUUUUCUGUGUGGUCUGUGAAAUUCCAGAGCCAAAACCUAUUCCAAUUCCAAUUUCAGCACCAGAACUAACCACUACACCCUCCCCUGUAUCACCAAUGUCACCUCCAACUUCACCAGCAACUCCGGAUUCCAGUUUGGCUUCUAAUGCUACAUCUUCCUCCUCAUUCCAGGCUCAAACACCUCUUUCAUCAGAUUCAACUCCACUGUCUACACCAACACCUCCACCUUUCUUUGAAACCCAUUCACCUCCAGAGAUUGCACCACUUUCUUCUGCCACAAUUGCAGCAGUGCCAUCUAGUGGGCAAGAAGUUUCUCAUCCCACUCUUACCACAGUUAUAGUAACAACACCAGUUGUGAUGUCUGAUCCAUCCAAAGCUCAAACAACUGCAGUAGUUCAAGAUAAGACUUAUACAGCGGAAGCUCCAACUCUAACCCUAUUGGAGAUGUAUUCUCCUGUACCUGUCGUGGUUCAGAUGCCAGACCUGGUUUCAUCUCCAUCUCAGGUGCCUAUCAUGGCUCCAGCUAGUGUACAGGUCUCAGCACAAGGCCCAGCAACUGUUGUUGUCUCAGCUCAACCCACAAUCUCAUUUACAGCUGUACCUGUUACAGUGUCCACGCAAGCUUCAGACCAUGUUGUUUUUGAUUCUGUCACUCUGCCAGUCAUAGACCAGAGGAUACCUGACCUGGUUUCAUCUACAUCUCCAAUCUCUUCACAAACCCCACUACCGGUCUCAGCACUUGUAUUUAACCCAGCUCAAACCCAAGUCAAAGUGGCAGCUAUCCCAUCAUUGAGCCCUGUUGUAAUCCCAGCUUCAGUUCAAACAGCCCUGGUGCCUGCACCAGCUCCAACAUCAACUAUUAUAACCAAAAAGAAGGUCCCACCCCCUCCUCCUCCUCGAUCUACAUCAGUGUCAUUUCCUGAGACUAGCGCAGAGCUUCCACUUGUAAGGACUGUUCAGCAUGUCACUUCGACUUUGACCACCACAAUAGCUAGGGGAACCACAGUUGUUGGCCAGCCAAUGCAGUCUGUAUUUGUGGAUAUACAGCCAAGAAUGGAAGACAUUCCACCAGAUAGUGUUGGUGUACCUCAGGUAGUGACCCCAACAAGACAAGGACAUGUAGUCAUUAUAGUACCAAGUGUGGACAACUUAUCUCAUAACCUGCUUGGACAAACGCCACAGAAUAUAGCUAACACAGGGUCAGUAACUGCCACUACUCUGCCACAAAGAAGUCAAAUAGCUUCAUAUAUACCAAGCACAGAUACAGAUUCCAUAUCUACUAAGGUGUCAGCAUUGCCAGUAUCUUCAGCUCCACCCCUUCGGCCGAAACCUAUGGAAGGUGCAGAAGUUGUUGACACAGUCGAAAUACCUGCAGCAGAUACAUCUCCAUCAUUUCGUAACACUUUACCCAAGCCAACUGUGUAUCCAAAGCCGCUGGUUACCACUACAGUGACAAUAGCCACAGCAACAGUAGCACAUGCGUCGUAUACAUCGGCUGGCCCUAUUCAAACCGCAAAGCCUCCUCCACCCAUACCACCUAAGCCUAUAUCAAUUCCAGCUGGACUAGUUUUCAGCCAUAGGCCAGGUGAGAGUGUCAAGCCACCUCCCCCUCAUGUUGCUCCCAAAGCUGCAACACUACCAAGGAUCAAAGAACCUCCAAAUGUUCUGUCACUUAGCCUGACACGGCCAGUGGAAUGGAAGUUGAGUGCAACAUCUCCUAAGUCACCUUUGUCUCCGAGACACUCCAAAUGUCUGCAAACGUAUGUGGUGAUAACCCUUCCUUCUGAGCCUGGCUCACCAACAGAGGUUAUAACAGUUCAGGCACCUGUAAGACGAGGCUCCAUCCCAUCUACAAAUGUGGCAGGGGUACGGACCACACCUUCAGAGCAAAACAUAUGCAUUCAAGCAUUCUCAGCACAGGAUACAGUUAGGAGAGCCUCUGUCCCCACUGUAAGGUAUCCACCUCCAAUUGCCAUAGCUCAAACUGUGGCAGUAGAGCAAGCAACUUCCAAUGAAUUUUGGACCAAUGAAGUGCAAGCCAGAAUAGACGAUGUGCCUUCUGCAGUACUACCACCACCAUCUGUUGCCGAUGUCAUGGCAGGGUCAUCAUGUCAGGACAUAUCUAUUCAGGCACAUAGUGUACCUCUUCCAAUUAAGAAACCAUAUGUGCAACAGCAGCAGUUAAUUACUCAGCCACUGCCACCACCUCAAGCAAUGUAUCAUGUCAUCAAAAUGGCCCCAGAGCACAAGGUUCUUAUACAACCACUACCAGUCCAAGCCACAGUAAGAUCCCAGUAUAUACCACUUGUUGCUCAACAUUCAAACAUCGUCAUGGAGGUUGUAACAGUUCCGCCAGAGGUCACAGAGACAGUUAUGGUUCAAUCACCAAUACCAGGAGUGAGUCAGCAAAUUCCUCCUCAACCGCAACUUACAUUAGUUGAAGCAGUAACUCACCCUACAGAGCAAGAAUUGCCUCGAGAUUUCACCAAGCCUCCGACCAUUGAUGAACUCCCCUCAGUACCACAAACUGUUUGGCCUUUAGAAAUGUUGCCUUUAGUGUCAGGGCAACUACCCUCGCAGCACCCACUUGUUGCUGAAGUGUUGCCCUUCCCUACAAGUGAUUUACCUAAAGACAUUAUUACAACCGAGACUUUGGUUACAAUACCAAGAUUAGCCAGAGUAUCUCCAGUUCCUCAUCCUCUAUCUGUGGUUGUUGAAAUUACCCAAACACCAGAAGUUCCUCAGCUAAUGUCACUUACGACGGUUGCUAAAAUGAUAACUCCUUCAAUUGGAAAUGCAACACCCUCGCCUCUUGUGAUGCAAGUCCAACCAAUGGCAGUACAGUCAGUACCUAUUCCACAGGUAUAUGGAGCAAUUACAUCCUCAGUCAUGUUACCAUCAACGCCACCACUGGAGGUCACAGCAUUGGAGCCUGAACGUGAGACAACCACAGGGACUAUUCCAACGGAUGUUUAUGUAAGAGCUUCCAUACCAUCAUCAGUGUUGCAUCCCCAGGCAGCUGCUUGUAUGCCAGUUGGAAUUAUUUUAACUGGAGAUACUACAAGUAGGAGGAGGUCAUCUAUAUCGUCCAUAGUGCAGCUACCAUACACCAUGAGUGAAAUAUUUCCCUAUGCCGCAAAGUAUGAAAUACCCACCCAGGCGGUUACAACUGAGGCCGUUGGUGCCACCAGGAGAGAAUCCAUAACCAUGCAGCAAUCAUCAUCACUGGCACAUGUAGUAAACAUGCCAGCUGAACAAGAUAUUCCUUUUGAUGGUUAUGCUGUUCAAAUCCCCUACAGGAGAGGAUCAAUUCACUCAACAGAGGAAAUACCACAUGUAUCAACGUAUUCAUUGCAAUACGAUUAUCCCCGAGAGAUAAUAACCACUCAGGCAUAUAGCAGGAGAACCUCAAUGCCCACUGCACAGACCAUUCCGCAGGGUGUAUCUGUGGCUCCAGUCACUUUCACUCAAAUUCAGCAGGAGUCUAUUGAGAGCCAAGAGAUACGACGACCAGAAAAGGUGGUCUCCAGUAUGAGUCACAUGUAUUCUUCUUCAAUUUCCACCUCAGGCCAGCCUCCUGAAAGCCUGCCAAGCCUUGUCACUCAGGUGGUCACCACUGAGGUCCAGAGGACCACAGUAUCUGUUGUUCAUGAAAUACUUCCACAAGUCCUUCAACACAGUGUAGCAAUCACCAUACAACCAGACGUAGCUAAAGUCCAACCUCUGCGAAAACAAAAUGGAAAGAUAAUCUAUCCAGGUGAUGUCAUCGAUUUACGGACCAUGAAGGUUGACAUAAAGAUGACUGAGCAAGGCAUGGACCUAACACCACCUGAGUCAUGUCGACAGUCUUUUUCAAGUGACUCUAAUGGGCGGCAAAUCACAGCAGUUCAGCCUGAGAUAGUAAAUCUUAGUGCAGAGAUCACCCAUGCAACCACGCUUUCUGUGGUGACAGACAGCAUCACAAUAGUCAAAUGCACAGCCACCAUUGCCUCAUAUAACACUACUCCAGCUGAGAAACCUCUCGAUUUGCAAGGCCCUGUUAUGUCAUUGCCGCUGCCGCUCACCACAUACAAACCGUUCGAACCGCUGGCUCAGAUUGUAUACAGACCAGUGAAUUUCCAGCCUUUAGUCAGUGCUGUACCAUCCACAGCUCAAGACAUACCCAUUAAUCUUUCAUUUGGCGCUCUGGUCUCCUCAGAUGGCAAACAGUCAAGGAUUUUCCCAGAAGCUAUCAGCAAUGAAGGUGCUGUCCUUUCUCUAGAGGCCACAGGGGCUAUGGAUCUGUCAAACUACAGACCAGUGAGAGCUAUGGUAGCUUGGUCUGACACAUGCCCAGGAGUGGUGACCACUGUUGUAGAGGAUGAUGGGACUCCAAUCGACCUUACAGCUGGUAGGAGGAUCGUAUGCUGUGAUGUCAUUUACAAGCUACCAUUUACAGGAAGCUGCAGAACACAGCCCCCUGUUACAAACCAACCUGACAACCGUUUUGGCUAUAGAGAUGACCACUACCAAUAUGAUAAUGCUGGACUGUAUGGUAUCAAAGCCAUGAAUGGUAUAAAAGCCUCAAUGUCCGAGACCAACCUGACAGAGGCAGGACUGUUUUCCUAUGAUCCCAAGAAUGAUUAUGACUAUCUAAGUGGAUCUUCAGAUGGCGCUAUAGACCUCACUGCUGUCAAACUUUCUUCUGGUAUAUCUCUCGACUACACUAGCAAAGCUACUGGAAUCCACCCUGGGAUGAUUACAGCUCCAUACUCCCAGGUCUCUGCAGCUGGAAUCGUAUACUCCUCUGUUGCUGCCCCAGUUCCAUCAACAUAUGCAAUUACAACUCAACCGGGCUCCGUCUUUAGUACUACCGUAACACCUAAAUCAACAGUCCAGAACCAGUCAUUGCCUCAUCCGUAUGGCUUCAUUCCCAGUACAGACCCCGGACAGAUAAUUACUUUUGACACAGGGCUACCUAAGGAGCUUCUACCCACAGCUCUGGCUGACAUCUUUACAGGCUAUCCAGACAUGUACUCAGACACCACCCUGGAAGCAAUUGCUGCCUCUCUGGAUGCCUUAGCCUCUUCACCAAUAUUCCCUGGUUUAGACAACACCAAGAUGGCUCAGUAUCAGAUGGAGAGGGAGUUUCUAGAGCUAGAGAAGCUGAAGCAGCUUUGUCUCGCUGAGGAGCUGGAGUGGGAGAGGCAAGAAAUCCAGCGUUAUCGUGAACAGGAGCAGCUUAUGGUCCAAAGGGAAUUGGAGGAGCUUCAGGCUCUAAAACAACAGCUUAUCAUGCAGCAAGAAGAAGAGCACCAUGCCCACAUUGUGGCCCAGCAGGAGACAUAUGCCCAGCAGAAAGAGCAGUUGCAGCAAAUCCAACAACUACAACUACAACUCCAACGGCAGCUUGAUGAGCAUUAUUGUAGCACUGGUACCACAGGAAACCUCCUAGAUGCUAAAUAUGCAGGGGUAGGGGACAGUGGCCAGUACUGGCCUGUCAAAGAUGAGUCUACAGCUCCAUGUAUUGUGACACAGUUAGAGGAAAGUCAGGACCAGGUUAAUCUUGUAAGGAGCUUUCAAGCUGAUCGGGACACAGGGAAAAGAAUAAUUGAUAGUGGAGUGCAGACAGAUGAUGAAGACUCAGCAGAGAAGCAACAUGUAGGAAGGAGAAAGAAGAAUAAGAGAAAUUUUGAAAGCUCAGCUCAGACUGAUGAUGAGGACCAAGAUGAAUGGGAUGCUCCCACGAAAGCUCGACGACGCUCUCGAAAACACAGCAGCGAUGGGAAACAUGGCUCCAAGGUCUCAAGCAUUGCUAUCCAAACAGUAACAGAAAUAUCUGUCCAGACUGACCACUCUGGAUGUAUCAAACAACCCAGUGUUCAGAUGGACACAAAGGUGGAAAUCAUCAAGCAUAUUUCAGCUCCAGAGAACUUUCAGAGAGGCGGCAGUCUGAGCUGUCAGACAGACUCAGAUAGAAGGCUCACAUCUAUUGAGGUGGGGUACAGCACACACCUAACAGCAGAUGUCCCACUCAAGUCAAAAGUCUUCUACACCUCAGUAUCCCCGAUGUCCCCUGAAAAGUCCCUUGGAGGGCAGAGAAUGUUAACUGCUGACCCGACCAGAUUUUCCUCUGGCCCUCGUAUAUUAAAGGCUGUUCAGAAGUCUCUGUCUGAUCCUAAAUCCCUUAGUCCUACCACAGAUGACAGGAUGGGUGGAUACUACGCAGACAACUAUUCUAGCCGAGGCUCUUCAUCCGGUUCAGGUAAGAAGGUAAAACGGACACUUCCAGAUCCCCCUCCUGAGGAUGACUCUCUGACUGGACGUUCAGGCUACAGCAGCAACACUGCACGCCGCCGUCUUGCCCGCAGUACAACAAUGGCGCGGGCAAAGAUCCUACAGGACAUUGACAAGGAGCUUGAUCUGGUGGAAAGAGAAUCUUCUAAACUUCGCAAGAAACAAGCUGAGCUAGAUGAAGAAGAGAAGGAGAUUGACGCCAAGCUACGGUACCUUGAGAUGGGUAUCAACCGGCGUAAGGAGGCGUUGCUGAAGGAAAGAGAGAAGAGAGAGAGGGCCUAUCUCCAGGGGGUGGCAGAAGAAAGAGACUACAUGUCCGACAGUGAGGUUAGCAACAUCAGAGAGGCCAAGGGGGGUGGCCAGGAGAGACCACGGACAGCUCCCCAGUCGGAAUUUGACCAAUUCAUCCCCCCCCAGACAGAAGCUGAUUCCCAGUACAACACCCUAAAUAGUCCCUACUCUCACUAUGGCCAAUAUGUUCCUCAGAGCCAAACCACCAGCCCCUACACCCAACAGAACCUAUAUCAGCAGCAGCCCCUUUACCACCAACAGGUGUCUCCUUACACAACCCUAUCCCUCCCCCAUGCCCAGGGUCAGUCUAGCAGCUACCAACAUGCUCUGCUCUUGCAGCAGGAAAAGCAGCGACAAACCACCCUCUCUGAUUUAGAGCCUAAGAACACCACAAACUAUGAAGUGAUACACAACCAGCCUCUGCUUAUUGUGCCAACCUCCACAGAUAGUGGUUAUGGAGUUGCUCACCUUGGGGGCAAGUAUAGCAGCUUGGACUUGAGGAUGGGGCUAGGGGAGAGGAGCAUGGCUUCUAGUCCCAUGUCUAGCAUUUCUGCUGAUUCCUUCUAUGCUGAUAUUGACCACCACAAUUCCAGGAACUACCUGCUGAUAGAGGACAUAGGUGAGCUCACCAAGGCCUCAACAGGGCUGAGCAACACUGGCUUGGGUUCUGGAUUCAACAUUCCUGAUAAGGAGUUGUCCAAGGCCGACAGACUACUCAGGGCAGCAGAAGUCAGGCGCACAGCAGAGGUGGCCGAUUUUUUAGGCUCAUCUCGACUUCAGGGUUAUGGCAAAGGAGAAGAUGAGACAAUGGAGGAGCCUUAUGAGCUGAAGCUACUGAAGCAGCAGAUCAAGCAAGAAUUCAGACGAGGAACUGAGGGCCUAGAACACCUAACAGGGCUAGGCCUACCCCAUUAUCUCCCCAGUGAUGGCAGUUUCCGUCACUUCCCAAAAGGAGAGAAAUAUAGUAUUGGCAGACUCACCCUUGAAAAACAGGCUGCAAAGCAACUUCCAGCAGCUGUGCUUUACCAGAAACAGAUGAAGAACAAAAAGGCUGUAAUAGAUCCCAAGGCCAUCACAAAGUGUUCCCCAAUUCAGGAGAGUAGGGGCCUGGAGCCUGAAUUUGGCAGCUACAUGGGAUCUGGGGCCUCCUCUGUGACCAAUUUGGCUGCUACAGCUAGGUUGCUUCAAGAUGAGAUUACAUUUGGGCUAAGAAAAAACUUGUCUGAGCAGCAAAAAUAUUUGGGCUCUUCCUUGGGGGCCAACUUAGCUGGUUCUCUUAACUUUGGGCAGUCUGACGGACUUGGAUCCACUAUCAGGGCCACAGUACACGAUGAUGGCACCUACCCAAGUGGUACCCGUUCCCGCCCCUCAUCACGCCCUUCCUCCCGCCCCUCUUCUGUCUAUGGCUUGGAUCUAUCUAUCAAAAGAGACCUGUCCAGCUCCUCACUUAGACUUAAAACAGAAGGAGAUAUCCUAGAUGCAGCAUUUGCUCCUGGGGUGGCAAGAGCAAAGCCCACCAGUCUGCCUAUCAGCCAAAGUAGGGGACGUAUCCCUUUUGUGGCUCAGAACUCUGAGGAGGAGAGCCCUCUGAGCCCGGUGGGGCAGCCUAUGGGUAUGGCUAGAGCUUCAGCUGGACCCCUCCCUCCAAUAUCUGCUGAUUCCAGGGACCAAUUUGGGUCUAGCCAUUCCCUGCCAGAGGUACAACAACAUAUGAGGGAGGAAUCUCGGACACGAGGCUAUGAUCGAGACAUCGCAUUCAUCAUGGAUGACUUGCAAGGUGCCAUGUCUGACAGCGAAGCACUAAGUGAAUCCAUGCUGGCUUUGAACAGAGAUGAUGCCCGAAUAUUUCAUGAAAGUAUCAGACACGCUGGAGGCCCAAACUGGAAUAUAGAAGCCUACCACCUGAGGAGAGAGGACACAGAUUGGUUUGAUAAGCCAGGUGAAGUGCAUCUGCAGAGCGGAAAUAUGUCAAACAGGAGACAGAUGGAACUGGUGCCCUAUGCCUUCCCUCACACUUGCAUUAAGCUGAAGAGAGACCAGAAGGACACCAGUGUGUCAGGGAACGGCCUUGGGUUCCGUGUGGUAGGUGGGAAGGAGGUUCCGGGUGGUCGAGGAGAGAUUGGAGCCUACAUUGCCAAGGUUAUCCCUGGUGGUGUGGCCGAACAAACAGGAAUAGUUGCAGAGGGAAUGCAGGUGUUGGAGUGGAACGGAAUCCCUCUGACAGGAAAGACAUAUGAAGAAGUGCAGUGCAUCGUGGGCCAGCCAUGUGCAGAGGCGGAGCUCUAUGUGAGACUCGACCUUAAUAUGCUGUCUGACCCUGAGCACCCACAAGCCCUGGAGCACCAUGUCCAGCUUAAGGCUGUAGGUGGGCAGCGUUCCCCUGGCGUGGAUCCGAAGCAGUUGGCGGCAGAACUGCAGAAGGUGUCCCAGCAGCUGGCUCCUGGUAUGUCUGGGGCAGGGCUUGGGCCUGAGUGUUUGGGUGUCCUCUCUGCACUGGAGCGCUCCGCCCUCAUCCACUCGGGGACUGGAUCGGCUGCCUCCAGUGGUGUGCCAAGCCCCGGCCAGCCUGCAUCCCCUGCCGUAAACAAGAAACAACGACACAAGCCAAUAGAAGUAAUAAGGACACCUCAUCCCAUCACUGGAGAAAUCCAGCUCCAGAUCAACUACGACAGAAACCUAGGAAACCUGAUCAUCCACGUCCUGCAGGCUAGAAACCUGGCUCCGAGAGACAACGAUGGCUACUCUGACCCUUUUGUCAAGGUCUACCUCUUACCGGGAAGAGGCCAAGUCAUGGUUGUCCAGAAUGCAAGUGCUGAUAAUAAAAGAAGGACCAAGUAUGCCCAGAAGACCAUGAACCCAGAAUGGAACCAGACCGUCAUCUACAAGAACAUCCAUUUGGAGCAGUUAAAGAAAAAGACGCUGGAGGUGACAGUUUGGGACUAUGACAGAUCCUCCUCCAAUGACUUCCUAGGAGAAGUGUUGAUUGACUUGUCGAACACGACUCAGCUAGACAACACUCCCCGCUGGCUGCCUUUGAAGGAGCAGAGUGAGAGCAUUGAGCAUAGCAAAGCCCACCAUGCUUGUCAAGGCCCACCAGGGUCUGGGUCAGGUCAGGGUUAUGGUCAGGGACACAGCCUGGGCCAUCUGUCCGGCCCUGGGAUGGGGCCAGGGCAUGCUGGAGGACACGGACCAGACGGGAGUCAUGAUUCAACGAAGAACUCUGUGAUCAAGAGCAGAAGCCAUGGAAUCUUCCCUGAUCCAUCCAAAGACAUGCAGAUGUUGCCUUUGGAAAAGUCACACAGCAGCCCUAGCUCUAAGUCCUCCUCUGAUGGUCAACUGCGCUCCCAUGGCCCCUCCCGAAGCCAAAGCAAGAGCAGCGUCACUCAGGCCCACCUAGAGGAGGCUGGUAUAGCCAUUGCUGCCGCCGAGGCUGCCGUGCACCAGUCCCGCCUGCAACCAAGACCAGGACACCGCCUGGGUGAUGUCUCAGGGUCCGUGGUGCUGUCUGCUCCGUGUCUUGUGGGAGACACCUAUGGAGGUCUGGACGGGGAAGAGGGGGCAGGCAUUGGAGUGGACAGUGCCAUUUUUCAAGUGCCACGCAUUGGUAAGACUAUUCCGAAUGGCACCGACACAAACCAACUUGGGACCCCAGAAAGCGAAGGUGGUAAAACACAAAUAAUGGGGGAGAUCAAGGUGGCUCUCAAGAAGGAAGUAAAGACAGAAGGGGACCAACUGGUCUUGGAGAUCCUCCAAUGCAGAAACAUCACUUACAAGUUUAAAAGCCCCGACCACCUCCCAGAUCUGUAUGUGAAGUUGUAUGUGGUCAAUGUAGCCACUCAGAAGAGGAUCAUAAAGAAGAAGACGAGAGUGUGUCGACACGACAGAGAGCCCUCUUUCAAUGAGACCUUCAGAUUCCCCCUCAAUUCAACUGGACACUCCAUACAGCUUUUCUUGGUGUCAAAUGGAGGCAAGUUCAUGAAGAAGACCCUGAUAGGGGAAGCCUACAUCUGGCUGGACAAGGUGGACAUGAGGAAGAGAGUGGUCAGCUGGCACAAGUUGUUUGUCAGCUCCACUCAGACCAACCCCUGAGCGCCACACCAAAAAGAUGGACAUGCGAUAUAUUGACAAAAGGUGAAGCCAUAAUUUAGUAGUUUAGAGAUCUGACAAAGAGAAGAAAAUAAAUGUCAUGAAGACAACAAAAAAAGAUCCAUUUAAUUAACUUCCUCUGUUCAUAAGUUAUAAGAAGGAGGGAAUUAUGUGCUAAUACCAUAAUAACAUUAUCAGUCCAACACUGCCAGCACACAUGUCCACCUCUUCCCACAUCGAGUCUGUGCUGGCUGUGGACUUUGCUUGUAGGAUGUAAACAUGCAAAUGCCUCAACAGGCACUGAAACACACUCAGCAGCAAUAUAGCUGAGAGAGCAGCGAUGUCUUUCUUACCGUGGUUCCAACUCCAUAAUCAACAUGCAACUGGGUGAUGUUGGUGCUGUGCAACUGAGCUAACAUAUCUAACAGAGGGAGAGAUGUUUUUAUUUUUCCUUUGAUCAUCAAGUGAAAUGUGUUUUCUUCAUAUGAGAGUCAUUAUUGUAAUUAUCGAAUGAUGUUUGUGACAUCAGUGGUCUUGAAGUGUUUAAUGAUGAAGGAAUGCAUAAUGUUUGUGUAUUGUAGUCUUUCAGUUUCAUGUGAAAAAAGAUCAAAAGAAACAGACAGAUGACCUUUGCUAGGGGGUGAGGUAAAAAAUGUACAGCACUAGAGACUGUAGAUAUCACACAUGCAGAUUACAGAGCCUAUCAGAGAACCACAUUGUACAAUGUGAUGUCUGUAUAAUAUACAUAGAAUAUAUCUAAAUACAAUAUACACUAUAAGAGUUGUAUUCUUGUCACUAGAUUUUAUAGAAUAAACUAUACACAUAUGAUCUAUAUUUGAGGCUGUGGGCGGCGCACUGACAAUCCAGUAGUCUACUUUAGUCUAUGGUGUAGGCCGUCUUAUUCGCCGUUAUGUGAACGUGGACCUAUGUGAGCUAACGGGUGUAGCUUCUUUGGUCCUCUGAUCACACUGAUGCACCUUUAUAUUCAUCAGGGCUGUGAUGGAUGACACAUUUUAAAAGUCAAGGUAAAUAAACAGUGACAUAUUGCUAUUUCCCUGGCAUGGUAGUGUGUAAGUCAGGUUAGAUUUACAACACAAUGAACCGUAUUUGUGUUUCAAAGUUGCUGUGUGUAAAGUUACAUGCCAGUCACAGAGGAUGACGAGAGUUUAUCCAUCUGUGUCACGUGUACGACAUUUUACUUUCAGGCUCUUGUAGUUGCUCAGAGUGUGCUGAUAUUCAUUUUUGUGCCGGCUAUAAUGUAAUUACAGUGUUAGAAUGAACAUGUAAUUCACACAAGUUGUGUCAUAACCAUACAUGGGUCCGUCAUCACCGCAUUAUGAAAGCUCUGAUUAGUAAAUGGUCUGAGUUUUACCGAAAAAAUAUCUAAAAUCAAGAAGAAGAAAAAAAGAUAUUUCCAGUCAAAUGACAAGGUUCCUCUGUGCUGUAAAACUCACUUCGUGUCAGUGACUCCCACAACACAGUGAACCUGCCUCUUUCACUGCCUGUGACCAGAAGGCUCACUCAGGCUCACUGGGGUUCACUCAUAUUUAAGUCUCAGUCCUAAUGUGCAGUAGGUGACACGUGUAUUCAUCUUGUAAUGUUUUGCCGCCAUAUUUACAGAAUGAAAAAAAAUACCAUCGUGACCCUCAUGACUACUGUUGUGUAUUUAGACAUAUCACAGGGCUGAUGCAAUUUUUUUUAAAGAAUUAAAUCUAACAGAGGAAACAACAGAUAGAUAGACACUUAGAACAAGAUGUCACUUAAGUCUCAUAGCAAAGGAUAAAAAAAGAGAAUGAAAUAAAGAAGUUAACGUGGUUGAUCUUUCAGAUAAUUAUUUUGCUGUGCCAACUUUUAUUUUUUUAUAUUCCACACACAUUGGUUCUUAACUCUAUGCAACAGAGAUGUGUUUGAAUGCAUUUGCUUUUUUGUGGAAGUAAAUGUUAUGUCUGUGAACAUAUGGUCUACAAAUAUAUGUCUUAUAGAAAACAACUUUAAUUUGUACAUCCCUAAAAUAAAAUAAAAAAUAUAUCGUUUUUUUUACUGAUUUUAAUAUAAAUUGUUUGGAGCUUGUGCACUUUAUUAUUAUAUCUUUUUUUUCUUGUCUAAUUUUUCUUCUCAUGACAUGCAAGAUGAUGUGUUUUGUGUUUCUGCACUGAAAUGAACUAAAUCAUGGUAUAUGUCGUGGCAGAAAUAUUGUGAUGUGCAUUUUGUAUCUAUGUGGCAAAAGAAAAACAAGCAGACACGUUGGAGUUUCUGAACACAAUGCACACUCUGGGGAGAAAUCAAUCCACAUAACUCUACUUACCAGUUGUGUGCAAAGUACAGUGAAUGAGACAUAUUCUGUAAAUGCUCAGUCAUGACUGUUUUACCCCUCGUGUUGCAUUAGACUUCCCUCAAGAUAAUUACUUUUCGUUCAAAUCAGCCUGUAAUUGUGGAUCUAUCCAUCUGUUGUUGUUCUGAGGGGUGUGAAUGUGACUCAAGUCCUUUGACAUGUGUACAUAAAGUGUUUAUUUUCUACAAAGAUUGAAUGUUUAUAUUGUCCAAAGUUUGAGCAUGUGAGUGUCUAAAAAAAUCACAGAAGACGUAUAACUGUACAGCAAUGCGUGUCUGUAGUUGUAUAGGGGAGUAAUGACUGUGUAAUCAAAACAUGUGCUGUCAACCAAUGACUGUCUGUGCAACCACGUCCCGUAAGCGGCUGAAACAACUCAAAGGGUAAAACAAAUCUAUUCAACUUCAAUAGUUGUCUGAGACUUUAUGUUUUGGAUGUUGCAUGUUUUGUUGAUGGUUUGUCUGUAUAUUUUGCCUACAGAUUAUGUUUCAAAAGAGAAAGAAUAUGUAUAGAUUUAUCUAUAUGCUGACUGUAAAGAAAUAUGCUUGUAAAAUUGUCUUGUUUUUCACUCUGUGUAAAAACAAAGAAUCUAAUGUUAUGGUUUUGUGGUUGUACACAGGAUGUGUUGAGAUAUUAUGCAAAUUGUGCUGUAAAAAAUCAGCUGUUUCCCCUGAGUCUAAAGAAUAAAUAUUAAGAAGAGCUAUAUUA